AUGGAUUCAUCACUGACUCGAAACCAAAAACAGUUCCAAUAUUUGGCUGACAAAUAUGCUCCGGCGGCACCAGAAAUAGCCGAUACACUGGCUAAGCUCCAGAUACCUCCAUAUACACCUCUUGAUAAAUCAUUGCCUGUUCCUCUACCACGCUCGUACAGCUCCGGCUCCCACUCCCAACAUCAACUUGCCCUCGUCAUCCGUGACGGACGUCGAGUAGCUAGUCAGCUUGCCUCGCUGGGCGAAGCGAGUAAAACCACAGACUCUAGCAGAGAAACUGAGUCGCAACUUUCCCACGUAGCUACUUCCAUGUCGACCGCGCUAGAACAAGACUUCACGGUCCAAGGAAAGAAGGGCCAUCUUCAAUGCCCGUUCUCCAAGCCUGCCACGGCCAGCGGUUCUGGGGCCCACGACGAUGAUGUGCAGGACACCACUCCGCACCAUUCGACGGACCCCAUCUGCGCAGCCAUGUACGAAGAAUCUACGUCUCAGCAGGCCCGCACAAACAAUUCGUCGGCCGUCAAAUGCCCCAUCCGCUACAUGGAUAAGCACUCAGCCGAGGAGAUUGCGCACUAUGUUGAGACGCACAAGCAUGAACUCCCCCGCAGCCAUGAAGUUUGCCUCCGCCGGUACCAGCGUGACGAAGAUCAAAAGAAGAUAGACUCUAAAUAUGGCGACAUUGUGAGCAUGAUAGAGGGACUGGGUCAGCUUCACCAACCCAUGCUACCCGAGGCUGAACAAGACCCGAACCGACCAAAUGAUGUCGCCCAGCCUUCUAAUGAGAGAGUGGAGGAUUGGGCACAGGCUGUUAGUGUAAACUCUGAUCCGGACCACACUCAAGUGCCGACUCAAGAGGAUGGGGACCGACAAAGCCACUUCGAUCGACCGCUCAAGGAAGUCCGUGUAGGGGAAUCGCCUAGUAGGCCAUGGGGAAUAUCCAUUCCAGUCUACGCACUCUCGGGUCAAGGCGAUGAUCAGCCUCUCUCACCACCACCCGCACCGGUAUGCAUGCCCGUCCAAGUUCAAACUGCAAGUACUGCACCAGAAUCGACACAGAAGGCGCCUGGCAAAUGUCCGUUCGAUCACACAAAAUUGGCUGCCAUGGGAAUGCCCUCACCUUUCAAACAUGAACCAUCUGUACAAGCGCCAUCCCAAGGGCUAGAAGAUAUACGGCCUUCUCCACCGCCGACGAAGCAGGAUAAUGGCCCUCCUCCACCACCACCACCACCACAUCAACCUCAGCAUCAACGAAUGACAGCCUCUCAACCUGCCUUCAUCAAUCCGGACUUGACCAAAGGGGCGAACAACGGGCCCCAGAUGAUCUUCACAGGACCUGUGUUCAUUGGAUACCCGAUGGACCAGGCCAUACAAUUCAUGAACCAAUACCGAGGGAAUCAGUGA